CGUCAUGUCACGUGACUGCCAUCACAUGAUGAAUUUCUACGGUCACUAGGUGGCUAACCUUAUGAUAAUGGCAGCAUUUCUACAGUGGAGAAAAUUUGUCUUCUUUGAUAAGGACACGGUGAAGGAUCCUGCAGAUAGCGGAAAAACCUUUAUUCUUCCUAAAAGAAUCUCGGCGAGUGACUCCGGCCGGGGACAUGUUGUUCUGGGAGAUAUGGAAGGACAGAUCUGGCUGAUGACGCGCUCCCUGCAGUUGACGUCAUUCCAGGCGUACAAGCUGCGGGUGACUCAUUUGUUCCAGCUGAAACAGCACAGUAUCCUGGUAUCAGUGGGACAGGAUGAACAUGGCAUUAAUCCUCUGGUGAAGGUUUGGAAUCUUGACAAGAGAGACAGUGGGAAUCCACUCUGCACCAGAAUCUUUCCUGCAGUUCCCAGCAAUAAACCAGCUGAAGUAUCUUGUCUCAGUGUACAUGAGAACCUGAACUUCAUGGCUAUAGGCUUCACAGAUGGCAGCGUGGUUUUAACCAAAGGGGACAUCACCAGAGACCGUCACAGUAAAACUCUGACUCUGCAUGAGGGAAGCUCCCCCGUCACAGGCCUGGCCUUCCGCCAAAUGGCAAAAGUUACACAUUUGUUUGUUGCCACUUUGGAAAAAGUCUUUUGCUACACUCUGUCUAACAAGGAGUAUCCGAAGGUAGAGCUGGAUACCCAUGGCUGCGCCCUGUGCUGCUCAUCCCUGGCAGAUCCGUCUCAGGAUUCCCAGUUCAUUGUGGCUGGGGAUGAAUGUGUUUAUCUGUACCAGCCUGAUGAGCGAGGGCCCUGCUUUGCUUUCGAUGGCCACAAGCUGUUGACCCAUUGGCACCGGGGAUACUUGUUCCUGCUGAUCAAAGAUGUGAAGUCACCCAACAAAUCAGGGUUUGGCAGCGGCGAGAGCUCACUGUCAGAAAAGCAAGUUUUAACAAUCUAUGACCUGGACAACAAAUUCAUCGCCUACAGCGCCUCAUUCGAUGAUGUCAUUGAUGUGUUGGCAGAAUGGGGAUCCUUCUACAUUCUGACCCGAGACGGGAAAAUGUUUAUUCUGCAAGAGAAGGACACGCAGACAAAACUGGAGAUGCUGUUCAAGAAGAACUUGUUUGUCAUGGCCAUAAACUUGGCUAAAAGCCAGCAUCUGGACAGUGACGGUCUGUCAGAGAUCUUUCGACAGUAUGGCGAUCAUCUGUACCUGAAGGGAGAUCAUGAUGGUGCCAUCCAGCAAUAUAUUCGCACCACUGGGAAGCUGGAGCCUUCGUAUGUCAUUAGGAAAUUUCUGGAUGCCCAAAGGAUCCACAACCUGACGGCAUACCUGCAGGCCCUUCAUCGCCAGUCUCUGGCCAAUGCAGACCACACCACGCUGCUGCUAAACUGCUACACAAAACUCAAAGACAGCUCCAAGCUGGAAGAGUUUAUCAAGAGCAGCGAGAGUGAGGUCCAUUUUGAUGUUGAGAUUGCUAUCAAGGUUCUUCGCCAAGCUGGAUACCACAGUCAUGCUGUGUUUCUGGCUGAACGCCACCAGCAUCAUGAGUGGUACCUGAAGAUCCAGCUGGAGGACCUGAAGAACUAUCAGGAAGGUUUGCGGUACAUUGGCCGUCUGCCUUUUGAGCAAACUGAAAGCAACAUGAAGCGUUAUGGCAAGACACUCAUGCACCAUGUUCCUGAAGGCACCACAUUGCUCCUGAAGCGCUUAUGCACCAACUAUCAUCCAAAUGAAAACUUGAUGGAAAAAGUCAGCCUGGACAGUAGUCUGCUUAACAAGGCAAAUUCUGAAGAAUUCAUCCCAAUUUUUGCCAAUAACCCUCGUGAGCUGAAAGCCUUCCUGGAGCAUAUGAUUGAUGUGGACCCUCGUUCAUCCCAGGGUGUGUAUGACACACUGUUGGAGCUCCGACUGCAAGACUGGGCACACGAACAAGACCCUGAGAAAAAAAAGGUGUGCCAGGGAGAAGCCCUUUCGCUGCUCAGAAGUGACAACACUGUGUUUGAUAAGGCCUUGGUCCUUUGCCAGAUGCACAACUUUAAAGAAGGUGUCCUCUACCUGUAUGAAAAAGGCAAACUUUACCAGCAAAUCAUGCAUUACCACAUGCAGAAUGAGGAGUAUGGAAAAGUUGUAGAUGCCUGCAAACGUUACGGAGACCUGGAGGGCUGCCUUUGGGAGCAAGCUCUCGGAUACUUUGCCAGAAAAGAGGAGGACUGUAAGACCUAUAUCAGUGAGGUCCUACAUCACAUUGACCAGAAAAACCUCAUGCCUCCAUUACUUGUCGUGCAGACACUGGCACACAACUCAACGGCUACUCUGUCGGUUAUCAAAGACUACCUCAUCAAUAAGCUGCAGAGAGAGAGCCAGCAGAUAGAAGAUGACGAGCGUAAAAUUUGCCAGUACCGUCAGGAAACUUCUCAUCUCCGCUCUGAAAUCCAGGAGCUGAAGGCGAGUGCCAAGAUAUUCCAGAAGACUAAGUGCAACAUGUGUAACAGCCCCUUGGAGCUUCCAUCUGUACACUUCCUGUGUAGUCACUCCUUUCACCAGCACUGCUUUGAAAGUUAUGCAGAGAGUGAUGCCGAGUGUCCAACAUGCACUCCAGAAAACCGCAAAGUCAUGGAUCUGCUGCGCGCUCAAGACCAGAAACGGGAUCUCCAUGACCAUUUCAAUCGACAGCUCCGAAGUUCCAAUGAUGGUUUCUCUGUGGUGGCUGAUUAUUUUGGUCGAGGAGUGUUUAACAAACUGACGCUGGUAACUGACCCUCCAGGGAGCAAAACUGUUGGAAGUCUAGAAGUCAACCUGCAGCGAGACCUGCUGAUCCACACCAAGAGAAACUGCUAGACAUCUCAGUCUUUAAUUGUGUUCUCAAUGCUCAGACCAACCACUCAGCCUUACAGUCGCAUUGGAUGGUCACUCAUUUAUCAGCAAAGACACAUGCCUGCUUAUGGAAACUGCUCUAUGAAUACAUUAUCCUUCAAUAAAUUUCCUGAAUCACAUUGCUUCAUAUGUACUUGCUUGUAAUUCUUGCACAAAGUGAUUUAACACUUUCAUCAAUAUGACGCUCUUCAUGAACUGUGUAGUUAAUAUUGCAAAAGUCAUUAGAUUUUGUGUUUUUUGUCUUUUUUGUCAUUUCAUACAAACCAUUUGUCAGUAGUAAAAUUAUCUAUGAUACUCUUAAUCACUAAAACUGAAUUAGUUGUAAAGGUCAUUGAUGUGUCUGUUGUAGUUUUAUUUAUGUCACAAUUUCUCAUCUUAGUUAACUGGAUCCUACUGCUUUGUCACAGAGGUUGAUCAGAGAUUUAUUUCAACUGGCCACAGUUUUUGUUACUUCACAAAUAAACCUAAUUUGUUUAUCUCUUUACAUAGCCAA